AUGUCUUCAGAGUUCCAUCAUCAUGGAAUUAAUAAAACUCAAAGAAAGAAGAGAGAACUCCUCUUAUCAACCAAAUUGUCAUGGACAAAAUUAGAUGAUGAUUUUCCAGCUCCAAAAAUAGCAAUAGACUGUACUUCUACUCCGCAACUUGUGGACCACAAGGAAGAAAAUCUUUGCAACUGGAUGAAUUCUGGUUUCUACUUAGGAGCAAGCAAAAGACUGCAAGAAAGCAGAGACAAAACAGAAGCUCUUUCACCUCCUUUGAGCAUGGUACAAAUGACUGUGCAAAACUACAUGCGAUCCCUGCAUCACUUUUCAGAAAUGCCCAUUCUCUCAAGAUGGAACAAUGCCAGCUCAUCUCGUUCUCUCCUCAGUCCACCAAAAAGUGUCACUGAAUGGCUGGAUUUCUCAGAAAAAGACCCAGUUGAGAUUUUGCUUGAUUUGGGAUUUGGUGUUGAGGAACCUGACAUCUGCACUAAAAUUCCUUCUCGGUUCAUCAGUUGUGCAUCCAUGGCUAAAGGAAUCAAUAUCAGAGUGUUCAUUGAAGCUCAAAGACAACGCAUGAAUGUUGAAGCCCCCAAUUUAUAUGGGCGCUUUCGACAACUGGAAAUAUUGGAUCAUGUGACUAGCGCUUUUUCCUCUUUGUUGAGUAAUGUGAGCACCAUGCAGCAGAAGGUGGAAAAAGGAAAGAGAGAAGAGAAGGCCAGAACUGAUAUUCUAAAAGGCAAGCCACAGGCCAAGAAGAGAAGAAUAGGUCAGCUCCUGAGAAAAAUAUCUAGGCAAACACAUGGAUCUCAAGCUUAUCAAAAUGCUGGUAUAUGUAAGACCCCGGAAGACCACUUUGCUGCUGCUGACCUACAUUUGGUGACUAGAACAGGAUUAUCUGACAAUGCUGCCUUGAUCUCUCUAAAAGAACUGUUCCCAAAUGAGGAAGAGGAGGAGGGUAUGAUUAUAUCUCAAUCUCCACAAUUCAUAGCUACUAAAACUUGGGGGUUGCCUCAUCUAUCUUUAAACCAGCCCCACCUACCUUCUAAUUCUGAGAUUCUCAGUAAAGAAAGACCACGCAAGGAGCCCAAUUUGCUUUUAACCCAUACACUCAGGAGGUUAUCCGGCUUCACUUGCAAGCCUUCAGAUUCCUUUGAAAUGGAAGAGAUCCAGAGCUUUGAAGAUGAAACUUUCUGGGGAAAUCCCCUUGAAAACACUUCAGAUGCAAUAGCAACAAGAGCAAACAGCUGCCAGUCAGACAGCAGUGGAUUUCUGGAAGAUCCUUUGGAGCCCCUACCACUGCAGGGUUUACCUCCGCCGAUAACCAAGAGAUUCAGCUGCCAUUCCCAUGACUAUCAAGAAUUUUCACAACACAGGGAAGAAUGUUUGCUUAUGACUCAGGAUCACCAGUCCCAUAUAGAAGGGGCUGUUUCUAACAUAUCAAUAAUAGAUGAUAACACUGUUUCAUUACUGCCUAGCCUGAGUGAAGAAAACAGUUUACAGGGAGAGGAAAUCUUUUAUUCCAUAAAUGAAGAAGAUAUUUCAUAUGACACUUACAGUGGUCAGUCUGAAAAUAUUGUCAGGAAAGCAGUAAAUGUGAUGGAUGAGAAUGAAAUGCAUGGUAGAAGAGGACGACAAGAGAAAGAAGACUGUAUUUCAGCUCCAGAAAGGAAUAAAUUUUCUUCUUUCAGUAAAAAGCACCUAACUAUAGGUUCUUUUUCCACAGAGGAAAAUUCCAUGUCACCACUAAUUAGAUUUAGUGGUGGCCAAAACUGUCAGGUAACAAAUGUCACAAGUGAGUGUCAAGAUGCUAAUUUCAAGGAUACAUUAAGGCAUGUGGAUAUUAUAGCCUCCAAAUAUGAGUAUGACAGCAGGGCUGCAUCCCCACAGGUCAAUGCUAUUUCAGAUAGUUGCACUCUUCAAGACUCCAGCCUUUCCCCUUCCUAUUUUAAAAAUAGACAACUUGGUCCUUUGGAUCUAUUACCACCAAGUACAGAAUUAAACAAAGAUGGGUAUGUUCCUGACUCUGAAAUAAAUGCAAACUCUUUUAAAUCUGUUACAGUCCAGAUGCCUUCAAAACUGAUAUCAAAUAUGCAAAGCAUAUCACUGGGUGAAACUGCCAUCAAAAAUCCAUCUAUGGCUUUCUCAUCCAAGAUGUCCCAGUGCCCUAGGAAUGAGUCUCUGGUUUCAUCAGUUCUCCUUGAAUCAAAGGAGACAAAAGAAGCUUCUGCUCAAACCAGUAAGAGGCAAGCAAAGAAAGAAACUCUUCCCCUGUUUCACUGCUUCCCUUCUUUUCAUGGGCAUGGUCGCCUUGUGAAGUCUGCUUCUUUAGAUACAGGACUUUAUAGGGAAUACAGAGCUUACUGCCACGAACCUUUGAAUACUUGGUGUGCCCAGCCAAUGGCUCACUGUUGCUCUUUGAACUCCCAUCACUGUUGCUUUAUGAGGUCUUUCCCCUUAGCUCCACCAUGCAAAUAUUCCAUGAUGUGCUGGUCUUCUCCCAGCACUAUAGAGCUAAAGCUUCAGAAGACUCUCAGACUACUGCAGGACUCAGCAGUGAGAAAUAUUUCUUCUUGUACAGUCCAUGAAAUUGAAGUUAUGAAAAACUCAUGCUGGAAGUUUCAAGAAAGGCUGGAUGAAAUUGAGCAGCACCUAGCAGAACAAGAGGCUUUCUUUCCCAAUGUUCUGUUGAAAGAAGGACGAGAGGAAAGGCAACGGAUGCAGACCUUGCGACAGGCUGUUCAUCAAGAGGUGGCUAAAUUGAAAUGCCAGUUACAGGACCCGGCUUGCCAGGCCAUGGAGAGAAUUCUAAUGCAAUUGGAUCAACUAUUAAUUGCACAGUCUACUCUAUGCUCAGAACUUGGAAUUUCUGAUUCAUGGGAAGAAAGUGAAGAUAAGACUGGACACCCCUUUCCUGCUUUCUUUACCAGGGCUGGGUGUGUGAAGGACAUCCGACACAGGCCCCCAGCCAGGAGUGCAACAAUUCCAUCAAGUCCUUCAGCUACUUUAGCCAGGCAGAAUGAAUUGCAUGCCUCAGCUUUAGCAACUGCCAAGACCAGCUUGACAUCAGUCCCCAUGGAGCUUCACAAGAAUAAAAAAGAAAUUAAAGGUCCCUCUCAGCCCAAAAUAGACUUCAAAGCCAUUAUACAGAAUCUGAAAAGAUCUUUCCGAAGUUCUUUCAAUAAUGAUGCAGCAGAAGGAAGGGAAUGA